CUCCAGGACCUUUGGGGUUUCUGUCACGUUGACUCAAGAACCUGCAAGGAUAUAAGCAAGCCUUUCGGAAUCAACCCUAAGGAGCUGGACAUGACCAAGGACGCGGCACUGCCGGAAUCCCACUCAGCACAGGGCUUCUAUGAGAACUAUGAGCCCAAGGAGAUCCUGGGCAGGGGAGUGAGCAGUGUGGUCCGGCGCUGCAUCCACAAGCCCACGUGCCAGGAGUACGCGGUGAAGAUCAUCGACGUCACGGGCGGGGGCAGCUUCAGCUCCGAGGAGGUGCGGGAGCUGCGAGAGGCCACGCUGAAGGAGGUGGACAUCCUGCGCAAGGUCUCAGGCCACCCCAACAUCAUACAGCUCAAGGACACUUAUGAGACCAACACUUUCUUCUUCCUGGUGUUUGAUCUGAUGAAGAGAGGGGAGCUCUUUGAUUACCUCACUGAGAAGGUCACCCUGAGUGAGAAGGAAACCAGGAAGAUCAUGAGAGCCCUGCUGGAGGUGAUCUGCGCCUUGCACAAGCUCAACAUCGUGCAUCGAGAUCUGAAGCCUGAGAACAUCCUCUUGGACGACAAUAUGAACAUCAAGCUCACGGACUUUGGCUUUUCCUGCCAGCUGAAGCCAGGAGAGAAGCUGCGAGAGGUCUGUGGGACCCCCAGUUACCUGGCCCCCGAGAUCAUCGAGUGCUCCAUGAACGAUGACCACCCAGGCUACGGGAAGGAGGUGGACAUGUGGAGCACAGGGGUCAUCAUGUACACCCUGCUGGCCGGCUCCCCGCCCUUCUGGCACCGCAAGCAGAUGCUGAUGCUGAGGAUGAUCAUGAGCGGCCACUACCAGUUCGGCUCACCGGAAUGGGAUGAUUACUCGGACACCGUGAAGGACCUGGUCUCCCGCUUCUUGGUGGUGAACCCCCAGAGCCGCUGUUCGGCAGAAGAGGCCUUAGCGCACCCCUUUUUCCAGCAGUACGUGGUGGAGGAAGUGCGUCACUUCAGCCCCCGGGGCAAGUUCAAGGUGAUCGCUCUGACGGUGCUGGCUUCCGUGAGGAUCUAUUACCAGUACCGCCGGGUGAAGCCUGUGACCCGGGAGAUCGUCAUCCGAGACCCCUACGCCCUCCGGCCUCUGCGGCGACUCAUCGAUGCCUACGCAUUCCGAAUCUAUGGCCACUGGGUGAAGAAGGGGCAGCAGCAGAACCGGGCAGCCCUCUUCGAGAACACACCCAAGGCCGUGCUCCUCUCGCUGGCUGAGGAGGAGGACUACUGAGGGGCUGGCCAGCCAGGCAGGUGGGGCGGGGCUCGGGCAGGGAGGGGAAGCCACAGAAACGGAUCAAGGGUGUGCAGGGGGGCGUGUGGCCCUGGCCAGGGCCCCUGGAACCGGGGCCCCUCUCCCCUCUCAGAGGCAUCACGUGGUGGUUGGUGCAGUCGGGCGCCAGGCCCCACGGAGCAGGGACCAGGUGCGGUCCUGAACCGGUAGCCUCCUGUCUCCCCACCACCCCGCUGCCGUACCAGCAUCUCCGCUCCUGCUCAGGAGAUGGGGGCCUAGAGUUACUGCCACUCGCAUGCCCUUCCCUCGGGGGCUGGGGUGAGGAGGAAAGAGCACAGCCGGAGAUACACAAGCACAGGAGAUUUUACAGACCUCACGACGUCCAGGGACACCACGGGAGCAGGUUCUUCUCUGGGGACAUGUUUUUAGAGGCAUAUGGUAGCCCUCCCAUCAGUAACAAUAGAAAGGGAAGCUUCCGCUA